AAUGAACAUACACAUGUUCUUAUAGGUUAUGUAUAAUAUUUUCUUAAGUUUCUUGCAUAGAAAAACUGUGGUUUCUUGCUUAUUGUCGUAAAAAUGGAGAGUAUAAACGAUGAUAAACCUCGUGUCAUAUUAAAUGAAUAUAAAGUCACUCAGAAUUUUCCAAACACUACAACUGUAUUGGACGACACAUUCGAAAUAAAAAAGUUUAAGAAGAAAUUUAAAAUCGUCAUUAUCAGAAAUGAAAAGUACGAAAUGGAGUUUGACAUGAUUGGCAUACAUCCUUUCUUGGCUAACACGUUUCGUAGGAUAAUGUUAAGCGAAGUACCAAGCAUGGCAAUUGAGAAAGUGCAUAUUCUGAAUAACACGUCAAUUAUACAGGACGAAGUUUUAGCGCAUAGGUUAGGUUUGAUACCAUUGAAAGCUGAUCCUAGGCUUUUUGAAAACAAAACUGAUGCUAAUGCUGAGCAUAAUGAAAAUGACUCCCUGGAGUUUGAAUUAAAAAUAAAGUGUAGUAAUAAUAAGGAUCAAAGUAUAAAGAAUUCAUCAAGAACUGAAGAUAUGUAUAAAAACAGCAAUGUGUACUCAAAACAUAUAAAGUGGGUGCCUAUAGGCAACCAAAAAGAUAAAUUUAAAGAACAAGAUGUAAGACCUAUACAUGAUGAUAUUUUAAUAGCUAAAAUGAGGCCUGGACACGAAUUGGAUUUAAAAUUAUUUGCGACCAAAAGCUGCGGUAAAGAUCAUGCUAAAUUUUCUCCAGUUGCAACUGUUUUCUAUAGAUUACUCCCAGAUAUAAAAAUAAUAAAGGAGGUUGAAGGAGAGGCUGCUGAAAGGUUGGUAAAAUGUUUUUCACCAGGUGUGAUAAGUAUAAGACAUGAAAAAGGAAAGAAAACUGCAGUAGUAAAUAAUGCAAGAUAUGACACUGGCAGUAGGAAUGUUUUUAGAUAUGAAGAUUUAAAAGAUGCUGUGGUUAUGACUAAAGUACAGGAUCAUUUCAUUUUUUCUAUUGAAUCAGUUGGAGCCAUGCAACCAGACGUGAUUUUCAAGGAAUCAAUAAACUUGCUGAAAAGUAAAUGCUUAAGUUUGCUGGAGGACUUGAACGCUAGUUAAAAGAAAAAUAGUUAUAAACAAAUAAAAUAUUUUUAUUGCAAUUUGUCAACAAUAUGUUAAAACAUUAAAAAACAAAGAACAAUUUGACUAUUAUUCAUUCAAUAUCCAUUAAAUCGAUUAAAAUAUUCUUUAAAAUUUUUUGGUAUAAAACAUGUUUUAAACCUUAUUAUUAAAUAAGUCACCUGGUCUGGUAAACCGUCACCUAUAGAGAGAUUAAGUACUCCAAAAUUAUAAAAUAUAGCUUUAAAAGUAUAUUAAAUUUUUCCAUAAAAAUAUUGGGUCUUUUUUAGUUAGUUUUGUGUUAUUAAGCAUAAUAACUGGGCGGCACUGUAAGAUCGCUUAAAACCGACAAUUCUUCUUCAGUGAACUUCAUCUUGUGCAUCUCCCAAUUGUCAUGGUGUGUUCGCUUGAAAUCUCCUAGG